AUGGUGGCUGUUAUGAAUUGCAGCCAUGGCUUUCCGUUUGAACGCGUUUUCCUGAUUAAUUUAACGCGUCGGCGGGAUCGUCUGGAGUUUAUGCGCGCGCAGCUUUUCACCCGGGCGGGUUUAGCGCCCCACGCCGCGCGGAUUGAGCGCGUGGCGGCGAUCAACGGCGAGGAUCUUCGCCAUUCUUCGGAUGCCAACCCUUUCGAGCGACUUUUUCGCGCAGGAUUUCUCUCAAAGUUGGGGCUUUGCCGUCUACGGCAGACAUCCUCUGCACGAAAAGUGUGGGGGAUGGAUCUAAACCCCGCCGCGGUUGGGUGCGCGCUCAGUCAUAUCGAGUUAUGGGCGCGGAUUAUUGCCUUAUCCUCUUCUUUUUCGACAUCGUCGUCAUCGCCGCCGCGUUUUCUCGUGCUCGAGGACGAUUCCCUCCUCCCAGAGGCCUUUUUGGAGCGCUACCACGCGCGAAUCGCGCAAAUCCCCGCCGGGGAACAAAAUAAUUGGGAAUUACUCUAUCUGAGCGGCCUCGACGCCGCUUCCGACGCGGUGAAGCAAAAGUUAAUCAUCGCCCCGGGCAUCUCGCGCGUUUCGCAGCUCCACCGAACCACCAACGCCUACGUGGUCACCCCCAGUGGGGCGAAAAAACUCCUCGAACGGGGUCUACCCCUGACUUUUCAGAUCGAUACGAUGAUAACGAUGAAUGUUGAGAGGGAUUCCAAUCCGGAUUAUCGCGAGGACGGUGGGAAUGGUAAUAAUAAUAAUGAUCAUCAUAUUCAUGGGGAGUCGGCGCGGCCAUUGUACGUGCAGGAGCCGCGCUGUUUAAGCCUGCAGCCGCCGCUUAUCGUGCAGGCCACGCAAUUGGGGAGUGAUAUUCAACCUUCCCCACCCCCCUUGAGGUUGGAUCUGCGGGAAGAUGAAAAAGACAAGACCUAA